CGCCGUGAGGCUCUGCGGGCCCUGAAUGUGGCCUACAGCUCCCGUGGUUCCACCACAUUCCCGGUCGAAGACCUGGUCCGGAUGCUCAUGUUCCAGAAUGCCGGCGAGGCUUCGGACCUCGCGCUGCAGUAUGGGCUCGCGGUCGAUGCAGGCAUGGUGGAGCUAAGCCGGACAGCGUACCAGGAGCCUGAGAUCCAGCCACGUCCAAAGCGCUCUGUGGCCAUCGCAAGGAAGCGGGAGGUGCUGGUGGGCCAAGUGGUCAACGGCGCGCCACUGCCCAACCCACCCCAACACACACCCGUCAACAGCUUUGACAGCCGCAACAAGUACCGUGGGGAUGGGCAGCCAGCGGAGGCAGGCAGUGUGCCCAGGGCUGCAGCCUCCCCUCAGAGGCCCCCCAUUGAGCUGGAUGCGCGGGCCCUCCAGCACCGAUCCAAGAUGCUGAGCGACCCAGCGGAGUCAGCUGGCCUCCCUGGUAGAGAGGAGAGUGGAGCACUUGGGGCAUCUCCGUCGGAGGCACCACCAGUCGCCCCACCUACGCCUCCCCCACCGGAGCCCGUUUACACAGAGCAGGACAUCGCCACGGAGGUAGAGGCCAUGCUGGAGGAGGUAGUGCAGGCCGAGGUGGCUGACGUGGCUGCCACCGGAGCCGAGUACAUCUCUGCUGCACUCAGCAUGUGCAACGGCCAGGUGGAGGCAGUGCUGAGUGAGGUGGUGGAGCAGAUGCUGCGGGAGGUUUCUGCUGCCGAGAUCCAGGCAGAGAGGGAGCAUAUCGCUGAGGAGAAGCGCAGGAUGGAGGAAGCCAGGAGAAAGCAGGAACACGAGGAGCUCCUGGCCCGGCUCAGCAAGACACUGUGUGCCGAGAUCACACAGGAGGUGCUGCGCGACUGCAUCGUGGAGACUGCCUCAACAGAGAUCAGGCGUGCCCAAGAAGAGCAGGCAGAAUGUGUGGCUCGCAGCUCACAAGACGUGUGUGAGGUACUGCUGGAGGAGACGCUGUGUGGUGAGCUCACCCUGCUGGCCCAAGACGUCCUGGAAGCAGAGCUUCUGAGUAUACGCAGGUUCAUCAAAAGGUGGCGUGAUGUGGCGGCCGUGCGCAGGCAGCUGAAGCGACAGAUGCGUGAUUUUCCUGCUGCCCCUGGCUGUGUGGACCCCCGCUUCAGGCUGCAGGCCUUGGCCCCCAGUGCCCCCCCCUCACCCUGCCUGGACAGGCUGGCCCGGGGCGUGGUCAACCUGGGGCACGCUGGGGACCUCUCUGUUUCCUGCACCAGGUUGGCGAAGAUGCGAAGGGAAACCGAGCAUCAGAUGAAGGUCCACUUGUUCUACCAGCAGCUCCUGAGCGAAUCUGUGUGGGGGCCACUGGACCUGCUCAGUCUGGUGGCAGCAAGCGUCUCGAACCCAUCUGACACAAUCUUCUGGAAGGCAGCCCUCUUGUUGCCAAGUGAUCAUGAAAGAGAUGCCAGUGUUGCUAACCAGAUUUUGACAGAAUGGCUGGAGUCCAAAUUCGGUAACUCGGAGAAGCAAGAACACAGGGAGAUGGUCCCCAACGGACACAUGCAAACCUUGAGCAUCAGCAGCGGCCUGCGGAGCGUGGGGGAGCGCAUGCACACAGUGCACGUGUGUGUGAAGGUGGCCCGCGGGCCCCUCAGCGAGGAAGGCCAGUUGGCAUUGGAGAAGCGGAAGGGGCUGAUGGGCAUGGGCGCCCUGCUGAUGCUGCUGCCCUCGGCAGUCAGUCCCGGGGCUGAUGAGGAAGACGGGGACAUCUUCCUGUUAUCCGCCCUGCUGCAGCUCCGGCAGAUCCAGCAGGCUAAUGCCUGGCCACAGGCCCUUCCUCUGGUGGUGGUGGUCCCAGGGCAGGCUGGGCACAGGGCCAGCGAUGAACGGCUAGAGGAAGACCUGAUGCUUCAGACACUCAUUGAGGAAGGUUUGAUUUCAGAGUACAUGUUCGUCCAUAUCCCCGAGACCACGAACGAACCCCAAGGAUCCGAGCAGAUCCGCCAUGCCGUCAGGUGGCUCGCUGCCCGCUCCACGGCACCAGCCCGGCUCGUCUCGCAGACGUUGGUGCAGGUUGUGGAGGCCGGGCUCUGCCGCGAGUUUGCUGGUAGGCUUCACCGUGAUCGGAGGGACCGUGACAUGGCGGGACUGCCCUCCCAGGGCCCUGCACCCGUCAUCGGCCUCUACAACACUGUCCUGGCUUUCUUGGCUGGCCUUGUGUCGUCCCCGAGUCUGGCUGGCCUCUCCUGGCCCGUGGCAGAGUUCUCGGUGCCAGGGGGUGGUGACUGCCUACCACAUCUGCUCUGGAACUCGGCUGAGCACCUGGAGUGGCUCCAGGGGGCAGUCCUGAGCCUGCGGCUGCCCGACUGGCCGCUGCCAGCCGUGGGGGCUCCUUGGAGCCAGCUGGUUGCCUCCAUCUUCCAGUACGUAUCUCAAAUCCCAUGGUCCCGCCACAGCCAGCCACUCCUUAUGUCCCAGUUGGAGAACCUUUUGGAGAGGCUGCGUCAGGACUGUGUGGGCCGAGGUGGGGGGCCGGACAAGGAGCCCACUUUCUGGGAGGUGCCCUGGGACGAAAUUGUCAUGCUCUGUGUAGAGCACCAACUCCGGGACUGGAACCCUCCUGGGUGCCCCGUGAGUGAAGAUGUCAUCAGUGACGACGGAGAAAUCCCGGUGUAUUUCCUGAGCGAUGGGCUGCAGGGCUUCAUACCGCCGUCCUGCUGGGUGGAUGCCGUAAAGCAGACGCACAGGGACAAGCAGCAGGGGAAGGCAGGGUGUCACCAGAGCAUGUGGCCUCAUCCUCGAAUGGCCAGGCCACGUCUUCAACAGAAGCUGUUUCACAGCAUGGUUGAGGACCCUGAGUCCGGAUCCGGUGUUGCCCCUGUUUUGGAUGCUGCCUCCAGCCCCCAGGACCUCCUGGCUCGCAUUGAGGAGGAGAAAGAACAGAGCCGCAGGUUCGAGGACCAGCUGCGUACCUGGCUUGACGUCGAGUCCCUGGGCCCUUCCUCUUCCUCCUCACCACUUUUCUUGCCUUCUUCGUUACUGUCUGUACCGGAGAUCGUAGUGCCCUCCCCAAAGAUGGCUGCCCCACCUGCACUUGCCCUGCAGAAGGAGCGCAGUGUCCGCAGUGACCAGGCCAGGGGAGCUGCCAGUUCUAUGGCGAGGCGUCUACAGGAGCUGGAGCAGCUGAUCUCUGCAAGCCGGGAGGAGGAGCUCGCAUGUGAGCUGAAGCUAAGCUGCCUUCUGGACAUUGUUGAUGACUGAGUGUCAUGUGACCCACCUGAUGUCUGCCGUUGACUGCCACAAGUUGUCUCUCUUAUGCCUGAUUUCUGCAGUAUAUUUAGUUGUGUGGUACUUGUGCAUAUAUUGCUUUGAAGAGUAUGAUGUACAGUAAUUUACACAACAUUGGGAGUGUUGUAACUGGGGGAAAAACAUGUCAUAGGAAAUGGACAGUUUUUUAGGGUUUUUUUUUUUGUGCAAAUUUUAAAUAUUAAAAUGUUAUUGUAUUUAGAAACCCAUGGCUAUUUCUUUGUUUUUUUUCCAUCAUGAAACUUUGUUUAUUGUACUUUUAAAUUGAAUCACAAUUUGCUGCAGAAUCUUUAAAACCUGUGACGUUAUUUGCCCAUAUUAGACUCUCAUACGUGGGGUUGUUACUGCUGUUUCUUUAACCUUGUGUAUUGUUGGUCAAAAUUAACAAUUUAGGUAAUAUCUGCAUUGUACACCAUUGCAAAAGUAUGUCUUUUUUUAGAUUCUUAAAGAAAGUUCAUGUAAUUGAACUGAAGAUCACAGCAGUUCACUAAGCAGUCUGCCACUGAGUUCCUUUUAUAAACUGGCUGGCUGGUUUUUAAGAAAAUAUGCCCGUGGAUGCCCUACAGGUGGCAGCAGGGAGCCAUCUGCAUAUGUACAGACAGUCUGCUGGUUAAGAAUAUUCGACUGACUUGAUGUAGCUAAGAUAUUUUGCAUUUAAAAGCAGAUGGCCAUAGAUCCUAUCAUACUAAUUUAGUUUAAAACUAUUUUUAAUAUCAAACAUAUGCAUUACUUUAUGAUGCUCAUGAAAACAUCACCCUGCUUUAUUCUUUCGUGGGCUUGAGGUACAGUACUGUAUGCAGUUAUUUUUAAUAUUACUGUACUAUAAUGUUCUGUAGUAUUACUCUUCUCACACCAAUAAAUUUGACUUUA